GUUACUAUUCACAACACCACCAUCUGACGUUACUGCGGAAUGCUGCAAAUUAUAGAGUCGUUAGAGCUGUCCAAGACAGAUGGUGUCAUUAAUAUCAAUGAAAACGAUGUUUCCUGUGUUCUUAAGACUAUGCGACUAUUUGUUAAUGACGAACUGAUAAACCUAGGACUAGACUUUUCUGUUUGGGAGUGGACCCAUGCAGAGCUUAUCGGAAUAUUUCUAGGAAUGUUUGUAAAGCAAAGCCUUGUUCAAGAUUCUACAACGCUUCAAGAAGUUUUUGAAUUUUCAACAGAAAUUGCUGCAGCGUAUCUCGAUAACCCAUAUCACUCAUUUCUACACGCCAUCGACAUGACAUAUAUGACUUAUUACCUUCUUCACGACAUGGGUCUUAAAGAGCAACUUGAUUUACUUUCACUUGAUAUAGCUGCAAUGCUACUUGCAGCAAUAUCCCACGACGCACAGCAUCCCGGAACAAACAAUCUAUUCCAAGUAAACUCCAACACAGAUCUAGCAAAAAAAUAUCAUAAUCAAUCUGUAUUGGAAAACCACUCUCUUAGUUUAUGUAAAACUCUUCUCACUGAAAAGUACACAUUUUUAUCGCGACUUUGCUAUGGCGAUGUAUCAGAAAUGUCAAUUUCUGAAAUCAUUUUGUGUAUUAUGGAAAUAAUUACAAAUUCAAUAUUGAAAACCGACAUGAUGUGCCACUUUACACUUUUGGAGCAGAUUUCAUUGUUUGCAGAGACUCAGGAAUCCACAACGCCGUUGACGUUGUCACGAAACACUCCGACUCCAAUCACAGGUAAAGAACCAGAUUUGCUAAAAGCGAGUUUGUUGCGGAAUUUUUCAGAGGCUCAAAUGAUAGACAGCGGAUUAAAGGGGAUUGCAAAGUUUAAAAUAUCAGAUACAGGGGAUGUAUGCUCAAUGUCCAAUGAUCAGUGCAGUAGCUGGACGGGAAGUGAUGUUAGCACUGAUAGCUUGCCCAAAGUUAUUAUAAAAAAUCAUUUUAUGAAGCAAAACAUGCUGAAUGCGAUUCUUCACGCUGCUGAUAUCAGUAAUCCUGCAAGGCCGUUUAACCUCUGUAGGAAAUGGUCGGAUCUUGUUGUUCAAGAGUUUUUUAAUCAAGGCGACUUGGAACGUCAAAAAAAUCUUCCGCUUUCACCCAACAUGGACCGAGACACAAUGAAUCAAGCACAGAUUCAAAUGGCGUUUACCGACUUUAUUGUUCGACCUUAUUUUGAAACCCUGGCGGAAAUUUUUCCAAGAAUGGUCACUUUGACUGAUAUCAUCUAUGAAAAUGCGCGCGAGUGGGAUAAUUUGUUACCCGCAGUAUUUUCAGAAAGUGUUGCAUCGCCAGAAUGUUUGACCACGUGUAAUGAAACAGACAUGUCUGCCAGUGGUAGCAGCGGACGCGAAGGAAAAAUGGGCACUAUGGAUUCCCUAGCAGGCAUUGGGUCAACCAGUCAUGGAUAUAGCAAUUCUUUAACCACUGUAAAGCGCAAAAUUAGUUUUGAAGAAGUUGUGCAAGGAGGAUUGGGUGGAAUGUGUAAUGGCCGACGGUUGUCCAUGGCUGCAGGAACAGUUGAAAUCCCUGAUACGAUUGACCGAAUCUUUAACCGGCUGCGUUCACGAAACCCGAACCAGAACCAAAUGGGCAGCCUGCACCAAAUGCUGAUCAUGUCUUCAUAUAGCACUUCGAAUAUUCGUCAAUCAUUACCCAAAAGUUCCAAUCCAAUCUCAAAUCGAGUGGACAGAGGAUUGUAUACGAGUUUGAGUGAGGCAUCAUAUUCCAACUCUAAUCCCAACUUGGAAGAACUGGAUGAGUCAAGGGAUGAUGUCAAGAGUGUACCGGAAUUGCAGCGGAUUGCAACUAGACAGCGACGGAUUGUGUCCAUGUCGGAUGCAUCAACGAGUCCCAAUCGAGAAGAUUCUAAUAGUUUAAAGGAUGAAGGUGGUGGCAAAUCCUAA